ACACAGACAUAACCAGACUAAAGAGAAUAGUACUACAAGUUAUAAUCGCUAUCUUCAGCAAGAGGAUUUCACAUUUAAAGUAAUCGCAUAGUGGCCAGCAAAACCUAUCGCAUAGAUGUGCCAAUCGGUCUAUCCAUUCGAAAUUCACCUUCACCAAACGCGACAUACACAUAUGCAAAAAGAGAGCGUAUAGCAAUGAGAAGCGUGAGCCUGUGCUGCAAAGAGCUGCCCGAGUGGUAAUUAAGUAACUUUUGUACAUUUCUACCGGUUCCGUCUCCACAUCUCCCAUCCAACAUGGUGUACCAGGUGAAAGAUAAGGCCGAUCUCGAUGGACAGCUGACCAAGGCAUCCGGCAAGCUGGUGGUGCUGGAUUUCUUCGCCACUUGGUGCGGACCCUGCAAGAUGAUCUCGCCCAAACUGGUUGAGCUUUCCACGCAGUUCGCCGACAACGUCGUCGUCCUGAAGGUCGAUGUGGACGAAUGCGAAGACAUUGCAAUGGAAUACAACAUCUCCAGCAUGCCCACCUUCGUGUUCCUCAAGAACGGCGUCAAGGUCGAAGAGUUCGCCGGAGCCAACGCCAAGCGUCUGGAGGAUGUCAUCAAGGCCAAUAUCUAAGUGGGCAGCGCAUAGACGUCUGGCCGUCCCCCUGAUCCACCUAUGAGUUUUCUUCAUAACAUUUAGUUAAUUAAUUAAUUCCAUAAGUGCAGGGUUUUGCUCCAUUCCGCCUGCUCCGCCUUGUCCUUGAAUCCCUUAGAGCUGCAGUGCAGUUCGCAAGGUGAAGGUCAGCAGUGGCAGCAGUUGGAACAGCAACAAACGUGAGAAACUAAGUGGCUUUUAAACGUAAAAUUUGCUUUGUUAACAAAAUCAAUAAAUCACACAAAGAUUGUUCAUUUUUGUAUGAAAAACAUUAGAAAACGCAGUUGUAGCCAGUUGUCCAAGAGAAUACGCUAAACAAUAAAUGUAUUACACACUCGCCGUUUGUAACCGAUUAAAUUGUUUUGCAAAAUUCUGAAGGGGAACCUGGGGUGAGGUCGGAUCUAGGAAUGACACAUAAAGUUGUGAAAUGAAAGCCAAGUCAAAUAUCAGUAGCCAACAAGCAGACAAAUGUCGUUACGGUUAAGUAAUAACGAUUAAAACCGGGUAACUACCGAUUAGAUAAGAUACGGCAACAAAUUUGUAUACUCCAAAGGCAUAUCAAGUGCGUGAUCAAAAUGGCCAUUUCAUAAUUAAAAUCCACCAGAUUAAAGCUAAUUUUAAAAUUUCCAUUUUGAGAAGGCUCUUUUUAUCUGUCAAAAAAUAUAUUUUUACAUAUGUAUAUUGACAACGAAAUUCAAAAAC